CAGGUGCAGAUGGUAAAGCAGCUUCUACUUGUUGUGUUCCUCACUGCUGCAGCAGCAGCCGCUAAAGCCCAUCCAGUGACAAAGCCAAACUGCCCAACAAAGUGUGGGAAUGUUAGCAUUCCCUUUCCCUUCGGCCUGACUAAGCUAUGUUCUCUCAACACCUCAUUUCUCAUCACUUGCAACAAAAGCCUUUCACCACCUAUUCCAUUCUUGAAUACUACUAAUAAUGAAAAGGUGCGGGUGCUGGACAUCUCACUCGACGGCCAACUUCACGUUUCAUUGCCAGUUGCCACAAGUUGUGUCAAUAACAAGAAUGGUGAAUCAGACAAGGAUUUCUUUUUCUUCAGGUUAUACACACCUUUUCACCUGUCAUCUCGGCAAAACAAGUUAACUGUAUUGGGCGCUUACACGGCAGGAGUAGUAUAUGAUGACUAUUUUAGAUUCUGGAGAACAUACCCUCCCACUUAUUGCGUGUCCUUCUACAGCAGCGACCUUUACAACAAGACACAUGACGAGUCAUGCUCCGGCACUUUCUGUUGCGAGACUCCAAUUCAACAUAGGCUAUCGGAAUUAUACUAUGCUUGUGCUGCAAAUAUCUUCGACUAUAACUCAACCAGAAGGGAAUUUCUGUCCUACCCAUGUGGUUAUACAUUUCUGGCUAAGGAGGGAGCCUACAAUUUCUCCAUGUCAGAUUUCAUCAAUUUUAACACAAGCAACACGUUUCCCGUGGUUGUGGAUUGGGCAGUGGGGAACAGGUGCCCAGCUGCAAAGAAGAAUGCUUCAAGCUAUGCGUGUAAGUCAAAGGACAGUGAAUGUCACAAUGCAAAGCUGGGACCUGGUUACCAUUGUAACUGCUCCACUGGUUUUCGAGGAAAUCCUUACCUACUAGAUGGUUGUCAAGGUCUCUAUAUUCUCCUCCUUUUAAUCAUUUUUAAUAAACUCGUUAAUUAUCUUUUAGAUAUUGAUGAAUGCACUGAGGAAUCCCACAACUGUUUAAAGGGGAAAUCAAAAUGCAUCAACAGUCCAGCAGGGAGUUACACUUGUUCUUGUCUAAAGGGAUACGGCGAUGGCAAGAUCAAUGGAAGCAGAUGUGUUACCAAGAGUAACCGCAAAAUAAUAAUUGCUUUCAGUGUGAGUGGAAGUAUAUUGGCACUUAUGGGAGGAACCUUAUACAUGUACUGCACAUUAAAGAAAAGAAAACUCAACAAACUUAAAGAACAUUUUUUUCAACUAAACGGUGGUUUGUUAUUACAACAAUAUAUAGGCAGGUACAGUGGAUCAAAUGAAUUGACAAAAAUCUUUACUGUGAAAGAACUAAAAGAGGCCACCAACAAUUUCAAUGAAGAGAUGGUCUUAGGCAAAGGUGGGGAGGGAACAGUUUACAAAGGAAUAUUACCUGACAAUAGAAUUGUAGCAAUAAAAAGGUCCAGAGUUAGUAACCCAAACCAAACUGAGCAUUUCAUCAAUGAGGUGAUUCUGCUUUGUCAAAUCAACCAUAGAAAUGUGGUGAAACUCUUGGGAUGUUGUUUAGAGACAAAGGUUCCCUUACUUGUUUAUGAAUUUGUUCCCAAUGGAACUGUUUACGAGCAUCUCCACGAUCAAAGCAAAUCUUUAAGACUUACAUGGAAAAGAAGAUUACAAAUAGCAGUUGAAACUGCUGGGGCCCUAGCAUACUUGCAUUCUGCUACCCAUGCACCAAUCAUACAUAGAGAUGUGAAAACUUCAAACAUACUACUUGAUCACAAUCUCACUGCAAAGGUUUCUGAUUUCGGAGCUUCAAAGAUUAUUCCUCUUGAUCGAACUCAGUUAACAACUUUGGUGUUGGGGACACUAGGGUAUCUUGACCCAGAAUACUUCCACUCAAGCCAGUUAACAGAGAAAAGUGAUGUCUACAGUUUUGGAGUUGUCCUAGUCGAACUACUAACAGGAAAGAAGGCACUCUCUUUUGAAAGGCCAGAGGCUCAUAGAAACCUAGCGAUUCACUUCCAUUCUUCAAUGAAGGAGGGUCGGUUACUUGAAAUUUUCGAUGAUCGCAUAAUAGAUGAGGCAAAUGUUGAGCAACUAAUGGAUGUUGUAAACAUUGCAAGCCAUUGUUUAAGGUUGAAGGGGGAGGAAAGGCCCACCAUGAGAGAAGUGGCAAUGCAACUUGAAGGAAUCAACAUUGUGGAGAAGCACCAAUGGGAAAACGUGAACUUGUCAUUAGAGAAUGCUGAAUCUAUUCUCAAAGCAACACCAUCAUCUUCUUUUAGUGUAGAUGGUGUUAACAACAUAAGCAUGCAUUCUGGCUCUGAUGUUUUAAACCAAAUUUCCUUCUCCUUAACUAGAGGAAGAUGA